GGGCGGCGGGGCGGGGCCCGGGGCGGCCUGGGGCAGGCGGGGGUCCCCGGGGCGGGGCUGGGCCGGGGCGGGGAGUGAGGGCGUGUCCGCAGCGUAGCCGCCCCCGCCCCGCCCCCGGGCUGCGCGGCGAGGUUGAGCCGGGCCCGGGCGCCGGGGCUGCGGGCGGCUGGGGCGGGCAGGAAGCGCCUCGCGGCCCGGGCCCGCCCCCCGCCUCCCGCCGCCUCCGGGCUCCCGGCUCCCGGCCGCGCCGCGCCCCAUGCACUCGCCGCGCCGCGCAGCCCGCGCACGCCCGGAUGGCUCCUCGCGCCGCGGGCGGCGCACCCCUUAGCGCCCGGGUCGCCGCCGCCAGCACCCCGCCGUUCCCGACGCCGCCGCGGUGCCCAGUGCCGCUGCUGUUGCUGCUGCUCCUGGGGGCGGCGCGGGCCGGCGCCCUGGAGAUCCAGCGUCGGUUCCCCUCGCCCACGCCCACCAACAACUUCGCCCUGGACGGCGCGGCGGGGACGGUGUACCUGGCGGCCGUCAACCGCCUCUAUCAGCUGUCGGGCGCCAACCUGAGCCUGGAGGCCGAAGCGGCCGUCGGCCCGGUGCCCGACAGCCCGCUGUGUCACGCUCCGCAGCUGCCGCAGGCCUCGUGCGAACACCCGCGGCGCCUCACGGACAACUACAACAAGAUCCUGCAGCUGGACCCCGGCCAGGGCCUGGUGGUCGUGUGCGGGUCCAUCUACCAGGGCUUCUGCCAGCUGCGGCGCCGGGGCAACAUCUCGGCCGUGGCCGUGCGCUUCCCGCCCGCCGCGCCGCCCGCGGAGCCCGUCACGGUGUUCCCCAGCAUGCUGAACGUGGCGGCCAACCACCCGAACGCGUCCACCGUGGGGCUGGUACUGCCUCCCGCCGCGGGCGCGGGGGGCAGCCGCCUGCUGGUGGGCGCCACGUACACCGGUUACGGCAGCUCCUUCUUCCCGCGCAACCGCAGCCUGGAGGACCACCGCUUCGAGAACACGCCCGAGAUCGCCAUCCGUUCCCUGGACGCGCGCGGCGACCUGGCCAAGCUCUUCACCUUCGACCUCAACCCCUCCGACGACAACAUCCUCAAGAUCAAGCAGGGCGCCAAGGAGCAGCACAAGCUGGGCUUCGUGAGCGCCUUCCUGCACCCGCCCGACCCGCCGCCGGGCGCACAGCCCUACGCGUACCUGGCGCUCAACAGCGAGGCGCGCGCGGGCGACAAGGAGAGCCAGGCGCGGAGCCUGCUGGCGCGUAUCUGCCUGCCCCACGGCGCCGGCAGCGACGCCAAGAAGCUCACCGAGUCCUACAUCCAGCUGGGCUUGCAGUGCGCGGGAGGCGCAGGCCGCGGCGACCUCUACAGCCGCCUGGUGUCGGUCUUUCCAGCCCGGGAGCGGCUCUUUGCUGUCUUCGAACGGCCCCAGGGGUCCCCCGCGGCCCGCGCGGCUCCCGCCGCACUCUGCGCCUUCCGCUUUGCCGACGUGCGAGCUGCCAUCCGCGCUGCGCGCACCGCCUGCUUCGUGGAACCGGCGCCCGACGUGGUGGCGGUGCUCGACAGCGUGGUGCAGGGCACCGGGCCGGCCUGCGAGCGCAAGCGCAACAUCCAGCUCCAGCCGGAGCAGCUGGACUGUGGAGCUGCUCACCUGCAGCACCCGCUAUCCAUCCUGCAGCCCCUGAAGGCCACGCCCGUGUUCCGCGCCCCAGGCCUCACCUCCGUGGCCGUGGCCAGCGUCAACAACUACACAGCGGUCUUCCUAGGCACGGUCACCGGGCGGCUCCUCAAGAUCAACCUGAACGAGAGCAUGCAGGUGGUGAGCAGGCGGGUGGUGACUGUGGCCUACGGGGAACCCGUGCACCAUGUCAUGCAGUUUGACCCAGCAGACUCUGGUUACCUUUAUCUGAUGACGUCCCACCAGAUGGCCAGGGUGAAGGUCGCCGCCUGCAACGUGCACUCCACCUGUGGGGACUGUGUGGGUGCGGCGGACGCCUACUGCGGCUGGUGUGCCCUGGAGACGCGGUGCACCUUGCAGCAGGACUGCGCCAAUUCCAGCCAGCAGCAUUUCUGGACCAGCGCCAGCGAGGGCCCCAGCCGCUGUCCUGCCAUGACUGUCCUGCCUGCUGAGAUCAAUGUGCGCCAGGAGUACCCAGGCAUGAUCCUGCAGAUCUCGGGCAGCCUGCCCAGCCUCAGUGGCAUGGAGAUGGCCUGUGAUUAUGGGAAAAACAUCCGCACUGUGGCUCGGGUCCCAGGCCCUGCCUUUGGUCACCAGAUCGCCUACUGCAACCUCCUGCCGAGGGACCGGUUUCCACCCUUCCCCCCCAACCAGGACCACGUGACCGUCGAGAUGUCUGUGAGGGUCAAUGGGCGGAACAUCGUCAAGGCCAAUUUCACCAUCUACGACUGCAGCCGCACUGCACAAGUGUACCCCCACACAGCCUGUACUAGCUGUCUGUCGGCACAGUGGCCCUGUUUCUGGUGCAGCCAGCAGCACUCCUGUGUCUCCAACCAGUCUCGGUGCGAGGCCUCACCAAACCCCACGAGCCCUCAGGAUUGCCCCCGGACCCUGCUCUCACCCCUGGCGCCCGUGCCCACGGGUGGCUCCCAGAACAUCCUGGUGCCUCUGGCCAACGCUGCCUUUUUCCAGGGUGCAGCCCUGGAGUGUAGUUUUGGGCUGGAGGAGAUCUUCGAGGCUGUGUGGGUGAAUGAGUCUAUUGUACGCUGUGACCAGGUGGUGCUGCACACGACCCAGAAGAGCCAGGUGUUCCCACUCAGCCUCCAACUAAAGGGGCAGCCAGCCCGAUUCCUGGACAGCCCUGAGCCCAUGACAGUCGUGGUCUAUAACUGUGCCAUGGGCAGCCCUGACUGUUCCCAGUGCCUGGGCCGCGAGGACCUGGGUCAUCUGUGCGUGUGGAGCGACGGCUGCCGCCUGCGGGGGCCCCUGCAGCCCAUGCCUGGCACCUGCCCCGCCCCCGAGAUCCGCGCGAUUGAGCCCCUGAGUGGCCCGUUGGAUGGCGGGACCCUGCUGACCAUCCGAGGCAGGAACCUAGGCCGGCGGCUCAGUGACGUGGCCCACGGCGUGUGGAUUGGUGGUGUGGCCUGUGAGCCACUGCCUGACAGAUACACGGUGUCGGAGGAGAUCGUGUGUGUCACGGGGCCAGCCCCAGGGCCACUCUCAGACAUAGUGACUGUGAACGCCUCUAAGGAGGGCAAGUCCCGGGACCGCUUCUCCUACGUGCUGCCCCUGGUCCACUUCCUGGAGCCUCCCAUGGGCCCCAAGGCCGGAGGCACCAGGAUCACCAUCCACGGGAAUGACCUCCAUGUAGGCUCUGAGCUCCAGGUCCUGGUGAACGAUACAGACCCCUGCACAGAGCUCAUGCGCACAGACACCAGCAUCACCUGCACUGUGCCUGAGGGGGCCCUGCCGGCUCCGGUGCCUGUGUGUGUGCGCUUCGAGCGUCGGGGCUGCGUGCACGGCAACCUCACUUUCUGGUACAUGCAGAACCCAGUCAUCACGGCCAUCAGUCCCCGCCGCAGCCCUGUCAGUGGUGGCAGGACCAUCACGGUGGCUGGUGAGCGUUUCCACAUGGUGCAGAAUGUGUCCAUGGCCGUCCACCACAUUGGCCGGGAGCCCACGCUCUGCAAGGUUCUCAACUCCACCCUCAUCACCUGCCCGUCCCCCGGGGCCCUGAGCAAUGCAUCGGCACCAGUGGACUUCUUCAUCAAUGGACGGGCCUAUGCAGACGAGGUGGCUGUGACUGAGGAGCUACUGGACCCCGAGGAGGCACAGCGGGGCAGCAGGUUCCGCCUGGAUUACCUCCCCAACCCACAGUUCUCUACGGCCAAGAGGGAGAAGUGGAUCAAGCACCACCCCGGGGAGCCUCUCACCCUCGUCAUCCAUAAGGAGCAGGACAGCCUGGGGCUCCAGAGUCACGAGUACCGGGUCAAGAUAGGCCAAGUGAGCUGCGACAUCCAGAUUGUCUCUGACAGAAUCAUCCACUGCUCGGUCAACGAGUCCCUGGGUGCAGCCGAGGGGCAGCUGCCCAUCACAAUCCAGGUAGGGAACUUCAACCAGACCAUCGCCACACUGCAGCUGGGGGGCAGCGAGACAGCCAUCGUCGUGUCCAUCGUCAUCUGCAGCGUCCUGCUGCUGCUCUCCGUGGUGGCCCUAUUCAUCUUCUGUACCAAGAGCCGACGUGCUGAGCGUUACUGGCAGAAGACGCUGCUGCAGAUGGAGGAGAUGGAAUCUCAGAUCCGCGAGGAAAUCCGCAAAGGUUUCGCUGAGCUGCAGACAGACAUGACAGAUCUGACCAAGGAGCUGAACCGCAGCCAGGGCAUCCCCUUCCUGGAGUAUAAGCACUUUGUGACCCGCACCUUCUUCCCCAAGUGUUCCUCCCUUUAUGAAGAGCGUUAUGUGCUGCCCUCCCAGACCAACUCACAGGGCAGCUCCCAGGCACAGGAGACCCACCCACUGCUGGGAGAGUGGAAGAUUCCUGAGAGCUGCCGGCCCAACAUGGAAGAGGGAAUCAGCUUGUUCUCCUCGCUACUCAACAACAAGCACUUCCUCAUCGUCUUUGUCCAUGCGCUGGAGCAGCAGAAGGACUUUGCGGUGCGCGACAGGUGCAGCCUGGCCUCGCUGCUGACCAUCGCGCUGCACGGCAAGCUGGAGUACUACACCAGCAUCAUGAAGGAGCUGCUGGUGGACCUCAUUGACGCCUCGGCCGCCAAGAACCCCAAGCUCAUGCUGCGGCGCACAGAGUCUGUGGUGGAGAAGAUGCUCACCAACUGGAUGUCCAUCUGCAUGUACAGCUGUCUGCGGGAGACGGUGGGGGAGCCAUUCUUCCUGCUGCUGUGCGCCAUCAAGCAGCAAAUCAACAAGGGCUCCAUUGACGCUAUCACGGGCAAGGCCCGCUACACACUCAAUGAGGAGUGGCUGCUGCGGGAGAACAUCGAGGCCAAGCCCCGGAACCUGAACGUGUCCUUCCAGGGCUGUGGCAUGGACUCGCUGAGCGUGCGGGCCAUGGACACUGACACGCUGACACAGGUCAAGGAGAAGAUCCUGGAGGCCUUCUGCAAGAAUGUGCCCUAUUCCCAGUGGCCGCGUGCAGAGGACGUCGACCUCGAGUGGUUCGCCUCCAGCACACAGAGCUACAUCCUUCGGGACCUGGACGACACCUCAGUGGUGGAAGACGGCCGCAAGAAGCUUAACACAUUGGCCCAUUACAAGAUCCCCGAAGGUGCCUCACUGGCCAUGAGUCUUAUAGACAAGAAGGACAACACACUGGGCCGAGUGAAAGACUUGGACACAGAGAAGUAUUUCCAUUUGGUGCUGCCCACGGACGAGCUGGCAGAGCCCAAGAAGUCUCACCGGCAGAGCCAUCGCAAGAAGGUGCUCCCAGAAAUCUACCUGACCCGCCUGCUCUCCACCAAGGGCACGCUGCAGAAGUUUCUGGAUGACCUGUUCAAGGCCAUUCUGAGUAUCCGUGAAGAUAAGCCUCCGCUUGCUGUCAAGUACUUUUUCGACUUCCUGGAGGAACAGGCUGAGAAGAGGGGAAUCUCGGACCCCGACACCCUACACAUCUGGAAGACCAACAGCCUUCCUCUCCGGUUCUGGGUGAACAUCCUGAAGAACCCCCAGUUUGUCUUUGACAUCGACAAGACAGACCACAUUGACGCCUGCCUCUCGGUCAUCGCGCAGGCCUUCAUCGAUGCCUGCUCCAUCUCUGACCUGCAGCUGGGCAAGGAUUCACCAACCAACAAGCUCCUCUACGCCAAGGAGAUUCCUGAGUACCGGAAGAUCGUGCAGCGCUACUACAAGCAGAUCCAGGACAUGACGCCGCUCAGCGAGCAGGAGAUGAAUGCCCAUCUGGCCGAGGAGUCGAGGAAAUACCAGAAUGAGUUCAAUACCAAUGUGGCCAUGGCAGAGAUUUAUAAGUACGCCAAGAGGUAUCGGCCACAGAUCAUGGCCGCGCUGGAGGCCAACCCCACAGCCCGGAGGACACAACUGCAGCACAAGUUUGAGCAAGUGGUGGCUUUGAUGGAGGACAACAUCUAUGAGUGCUACAGUGAGGCCUGAGACACAUGGAGAGCUGGGCAGGCUGCUGCAGGGAGAAACGGACGCCCCGGGCCUCAACUUGAUGUUCUACCCCGUGUCUGUGACUCAGGCUGGGGAAUACUGAGCAGAGACGGCUGGGGCGUGGGCAGGAGGAGGGGCUGCUCUGAGCCAGGCAGGGGUGCCCCAGCCCUGACUCCUGGGCACCUCCAUCUCCUCCCACCUAUCCCCAGAUCAGUCUCUGGGACGGGGGCCAGAGAGCUGGUCAGGCUCUCCCGUCUGCCCAGCAUGGCCUGCACUGUGCCCACCCACUCGCUUCACAGCCUCCAGCUGGUCCUGCUGCCAAGAGCCCCGCGCAUCCAGGCGGCCAAGCACAAAGAAGGGGAGAGGAGGCCACCAGCCUGGAGGCUGCAGCCCAGAAACUCUACCUCAUCCACACUGGUGCAGGGAGCCCUCCUUGAACUGACCUUUGAUUGGUUUCUGCUUCAACCCCCAAAAUGUUAUCUCCACUUCCCCCUCACCCAAAGAGAAUCCUGGCCACAGACAGUUUCAAGUAGUGUCAGAUUUUUGUUGCUUGGGCGGCUGUUGGUAGAGUGGGCAGUGCCCGUGCCAUGGGGUGCUCUGUGGGCUCCUCCAGGAGCAGGGAGUGGGGAGGGGAGGGGCAGGGGGCACAGGAGCUGGGAGCUCCAUCUCCAGGGAAAGGAGAGGGGUUAAGACGCACCAAGGCUGUAGCUGGGCUACUUGAUCUUGCUGAAAGUGUUUCUAAAGAUAGCACCACUUUUUUUUUUUUUUUUUUUUAAAGCUUUUAUAUGUUAAAAAACGUAUCAUGCACCAACUGUGAAUAGCUGCCGCUUGCGCAGAGGACCCGGGGAGGGGUCCCGAGAGGCUCCCCAUGCAACACUGGAAAUGACUGUUCCAGAGAGCGGGCAGACCUGGCAGAGCGCCCCUGGCGCCUGAGACCACCACCCAUUCCACUCCUGCCAGAAGCGACCCUCUAUGGCCGAUGGGCCAUGCAGGCCCCUUGCAGCCAACUCAGCCAGUGUUGGGACUGGCUCAGAGCCCAUGGGGGCUGGAGGGGGGCAGUCGGGACUCUGGAAUCUUCUUUAUAAUAAAAGCCUGACAGACAAACC